AUGGGUCCUGGGACCGCCGCCGCCUCUGGGGGUGUUCUUGGGGUCACCGCCAACACUGGAAGGGCCCCUAAAGGCACGGCUGCCCCUGGGAGGGCGCCUGAAGUCGCCGCCGUACCUGCAAAGGCCCUUGGAGGCACCACCUCUCCUGGGAUGGCCCUUGCGUUCCUGGGGGUGCAGUCGUCCCUGAGAGGGCUUCUGGAGUCGCCGGCGCACUUGCAAGGGCCCCUGGGGGACUCCGCUUCCCCGAGGAGGGCCCCUGGAGUCGCUGCUGCUCCUGUGAGGGCCCCUAACAGCGCCGCCGACCGUGAAGGAGCCCCUGGGGUCUCCGCCGCCCUUUGGGUGUGGCCACUUUUGGGAGGGCCCCUGGGAGGGCCCCUGGGAGGGCUCUUGGGGGCUCUGCCGACCCUAGGAUGGCCAAUGGUGCCGCCGACGCCCCCGGGAGGGCCCUUGGGGGCAUCGCCGUCCCUGGGAGGGCCCCUGGGGUUGCCUCCGUUUCUAGGAUGGCUCCUAGGUUCACCGCCGCCCCUGAGAGGGGCCCUGGGAUCAUCGCCGCCCCUGGAUGAGCCUUUUGGGGCACCAAUAGCUUUGGGCGGGCCCUUGGGGGCACUGCCGCCUUUGGGAGGGCCCCUGGAAGUUCCGCCACUCGUGGGAGGGCCUCUGGGGUAUCUGGCACUCCUGGGAGGACCCCUGGUGGUGCCGCACCUGGUAGGGGAGAACAGAACACAGCCUACAGGGGCAGCGCUCCCUGGAGCCCUCCCAUUUGUCCUACCAGGUACGGCGCCCCCAGGCGCCAUCCCAGGGGCUUCGGCGACCCCAGGGGCCCUCCUAGACACGUCGGUGACACCAGAGGCCCUUCCAGGGGUGUCGGCGACCCCAAGGGCCCUCCCAGAGGCGGUGGCGACCCUUGGGGCUCUCCUAGGAGCUGGCGUCGCCCCUAGGAGCCCUGCCAAGGGUGUCGGAAACCCCAGGGGCUAUCCCAGGGGCGUUGGAGACCAAAGGACGCUUCCCAGUGGCAGCGGCACCCCCAGGGGUCUUCUCGGCGGCGGCAGUGCCCCCAGGGACCCUCGCCAGGAGUGGCAGCGUCCCAUGGGGUUCUCUCAGGGGCAUUGGCUAACCAUGGGGCCCUUUCAGAGGCGCCAGUGA